AUGUUUUUAUUUAAAAUUAUUAUUUUAAUUUUAUUAAUUCAAAGAAAAUUUUCCCAAAAAUUGGACUGUACUGAAUUCGAUGCCAAUUGUCAAUGGCUUAAUGGUGCUUUUUCGCAAUCAAAUAAUUCUACAAUAGCAUUAACAUGGUAUAGAAGUGUAACACCUAUAGAUCCUAAUCAGUUACAAAUGAUAACAGGGACAAAUAGCCCUCCAAAUGGAAGUUAUGCAAUUGUAUCCACAAUGAAUGUAGACAACCAAAAUACGACCCAAAAAGCAUUACUUAUUAGCGCUAAAGUAACUUGCCAACUUGGGAAUGGAACAAUUUCAUUCAAGUUUUGUUGA